AUGGCGGGGUCUCCAAUUAUACAGUCCGUUGUUGUGGAAGCCACGGAUGGACUCGGUGGGGCUGAGUCGACGAUUGUGAAUAAAUUGAACGAAUUUUGGUCGAGAAUUUGGGAAAGGCUACAAGGUGUUUGGCCGAAUAUUCGUGAUAUUCUGACAGUGACGAAGUGUCCGUUGUGUCAUGGUAGUACUGGUGGUAAUUAUAGUACGGAAGAUUCCCUGUGUCCACGCCACAUCUAG